UAUAGAUGUCCUCGUCAUUGAUCACUAACUUGGAGGCUUUAGCUUUCUUUUUCCUCUAGGUGAAAUUAGAAGACUUUUGAAACAAAGGGUAUAAUUGUGUAAAACCAUGGACAACGGCAAUGGUUCUUCAAUGAGGAUCAGUCGGUGUUUGGUCGAAAGAGAACGAAGGAAGCACAUGAAAUGUCUCUUUACAAAGCUAUCUUCUUUGCUUCCCAUUCAACAAACCAAGAUGUCGGUGCCGGAGAUGGUGGAUCAGGCGACGGCGUACGUGAAGGAGUUACAAGGGAGGUUGGAACAACACAAAGGGACUAAGGUGCAAUUAGAACGGACGUGUGAAAUGAGGAAGAGGAAAAGGAUGAUAAGGCCAGUUCUUAAUGUGAGAGAUUUGGGGUAUAAUUUGGAAGUGAAUUUGAUCACUGGGUUGAAUGUGGAGUUUGCAUUGUCUGAUUUUAUCAACAUUCUUCAAGAAGAAGGAGCUGAUAUUUUGAGUGCAACUUGUCAUCAUGCAGGAGAUAAGGCAAUCUAUACAAUUCUUUGCCAGGCAAUCUACCCUAGGAUUGGUAUUGAAACUUCAAGUGUGCAUGAAAGGUUGAAGAGUCUAAUAUGUUGAAGAAGAAGAAGAAGAAGAAGAAUGUAGCAUCUCCCUUGUGUAAAUUAAAGGUGCAAUUGCUAUAUAUAUAUAUAGUAUGAAUUAGAUAAUUUGGAUAGAUGUUAUGUUUAAAUCAUAAUACUAUUCUCUACUUGUAUGGAAAGAGAAAGAUGUAAUUGCACCCAUGUAAUGUUGGUGUAUCUCGGUGAAACAUUGGUUUUCCUUUUAUUUUAUGGAAUAUCAAAUUCCUUAGUUUCAUAA